UACUGAAAUUCCUACAUCAACAUCAUUAUCAUCUCCAUUGAUUAUUGGAAUUAUUGCUGGUUUAGCCGGUAUUAUUUUAAUAGGAAUAAUUGCUGGAAUUGUUGGAAUAUUUGUCCAUAAAAAACGAAAAGCACAUCGUUACUCUAUUGCAACUCCUGGAG